AUGAAGUCGCAAUCAUUAUCUAAAUUAUCUAAAAAUAAUAAUGGCCAAAAUAUAACCGUGGGAUAUGCAAUAUUUUUACAUAAAAAUGAACUCAAUCGUCGUAAGAAGAAUUACAUACGCCGAUCCGCCUCCAAAAUCAAACUCACCGAUGGUUUGAUUUCCAAUGUGAAGAGAAAUAUUAAAUAUUGUACUCCAGAUGACUUGGUAACUAUGAGCCGUGAAACUAUUUAUAAGAAGAAGUUGGACAAAUCAGUUAAUCUUAGAGUUGAGUACAUGCAACAGUUAAGAAAAUGCCGAAAACUCCAACAGAAGACACCGCAUGAAGAGAAUGAAGAGAAGAAAGACAAAUAG